AUCAGUCGUGAUUGGACGCUAGUAGUGCGUGGUAUUAUUUUUUAAAUAUUUUUAUACAGGAAGAUACACUUACACCUUAGUAAAAAACAAUACUGAAUGGAAUAUCAACACAACUCUCUAAAUUUACGUAAAAGUGUAAUUCAAAAAUCUUAUAAGAUAGUGAAGAAUAUCAAGUUAUUGAAAUGCAAUCGCCCUUUUUUAAGGCACGAACAAAAAAAAUAAAAUACCGAAUGUCGCUUUGUCAAAGGACGUGCCAUUGCAUACAAUGAUGAUUUAAUGUCGCUGAUGCCAUUAUAUAUCGACGUGAUUGCACGCAAAUCAUAUCACUCUGUUACGACAACUCGUCUGGUACACAUCUCCAGCGAGCUGAGCUGAAGAACGAAGUAUAAAUUAAACUGAAAACAAUUGAGAUAUCUUGUCAUACAUAGCAUUGGAAUUCAACAUAUAAUACCUCAAAACAACUUUUUAGUUACUGAAGAAUUUACUAAUUCAUCAUAAAGAAAUGGACUACCUCAUAUUUGAGAAUUCGUGACCUUUUUGAAUACAUAAAUAUGUGAAAUAAAAGUAGGAUUUCUAAUCAGUUACGUACAAAACUACCUCAAAGUACAAAAGUGCUCCUCAAACGAAAUUCCAUAAGAAUUUACAUCAAAUUAACACAACGACGUCAAAAAUACAUAUUGAUUGAUUCUCUUAACGAAUAUUUCCAAAACGAAUAGUUAUUUAAAAAAUUUUCACUGACUUCGAGUAUUGUACGACAGUUUACCGUAUCUCGGGAUAUAAGCUUAUAACAUAUUAUAUAUUAUGGCAAUAUCAAUGCUGCAGGAUGCUCAGACACGAAGUCUAGCCGCAGCACUAGCUGGCAUGCAACGAGACGAUGUCGAUUUCCAUACAUUAUCCAUGUCUCCUCCAAUAUCCGCAAAUACAUCUGCAACUAAUUUGUAUACCAGUUUACAGCAAGUUGCCACUGGAACAGCUUUUGGUAUGCUAUCGCCCUCACAACUGCUGGCGGCAAAUCGCCAAGCGGCUGUUGCACUUAUGGCAACUCAAUUGUUCCCUCAACAUAAAGCGAUGUUUGGUACUGUGUGGGGUAAUAAUCCUCAGCUUAACCCUGGUCCGCAAUCACCACCUGCAAGUCCAAAUUCAUCUAUUACCUCAGCAACACCCUCAAAUAGUGGUAAACAUAGUCUUAAUAUAUCGCCUGCAACUUCUAUACACAAUGAGCAAUUGGCAAAAAAACCAAGAAAACUAGUGGUUAAGAAAGAUUUAAUUUCUGCACCAAUAGAAAUCUCGAUGAACGUGAAUGAUUUGUAUAAUUCAACCGGCUCAAUAUCCCCUCCGUCAUCUGGAUCUUCUCCCAGCUCAGCACACGACGCUCAUAUUCGAACCGAUAUAGCAAUACCCAUUUCUUCCAUAAAAGACUCCCCUCGUGAUAAAAGUUUCACUUGUAAGAUAUGUUCUCGGUCGUUUGGAUACAAACAUGUGCUACAGAAUCACGAGCGCACACACACAGGUGAGAAGCCUUUUGAAUGUCCUGAAUGUCACAAACGUUUCACCCGUGAUCACCAUCUUAAGACACACAUGCGCUUACACACCGGUGAGAAGCCAUACCAUUGCUCCCACUGUGACCGUCAAUUUGUCCAAGUAGCCAAUCUCCGUCGCCAUUUACGUGUACACACUGGCGAGCGUCCAUAUUCCUGCGAAAUCUGCGAUGGUAAAUUCAGUGACUCAAACCAAUUAAAGUCUCAUAUGUUAGUGCAUAAUGGUGAAAAACCAUUUGAGUGCACUGAGUGUCAUGUCAAAUUUCGCAGACGCCAUCAUUUGUUGAAUCACAAAUGCGGUCAAACAACAAUUUCCAGCCUGCAGUCCCCACCAACGUCACCUAAUGUAAGACACAGCCCCAGUUGUCGUAGCGGUGAAUAUGGACUAUGUGAUCAAAAAUCUGUAAUGGGAACAAGCUGUGGUUCGGAAGAGUCUGAAAAUGUUGUUCACCGAGUAAACAUUUCAACAUCAUCGUAUGACCACCAGAAUACUCAACUCCGUUCUAACAUGUCACCUGUUGGUAAUUCCUUAAGCAUCCCCGAAACUUCCGCUGAUGAUGAAUAUGAGGAAGAAACGCCGCUCGAUCUAUCCGAAAGUGACAUUAGCGUCGAUAUUGGACGGAAUAGUACAAUGCUGGCCCAAGAUUUACACCGCGCAUUUAUUUUACCUUCCCAAGUUAUGCGAAUACACAAUGAAAUACCUGAACAAACUGAGCCCGAGGAUUUAAGUAUGCAUCGUAACAAAACUCAUUUAGUAUCGUUAUCUAAAAAAAGCCCUGCAUACCCCUCCGAGACGAUUAUGGAUGGUGAUCUAGGUCUUGAAGAAUUUAAUAAUGCAUCAAUUUUCUAUAUGCGCCAUCAACAUCAUUUUUCGGGUUUAAAACACUGCGCUCUAAUAGAGUAGGAGCAGCAUUUCACACUAAGGUGUUCAAAAGACUGUAGUGGCCAAAAACUCGAAUCUUGUAACUCGAGCGAAAAUCUUAUUCUGCUGAUACCACUGUUUCUGCGCUUAUUGUUAGCGAGAAUCAAAAUUCAAAGUGAUGAAAGUGCAGCUACCAGUCAUAAUUGUGCUGACUUUGGGAACUGCACAGAGUAAGAAGAACCAAAUAUCUCCUCGAAAUAUCAAAGCAAAGACGAAGGAAAUAUAUUUUCCAUUAUCAGUACAACAUUCGGCUAAUGAAUAAGCGCAAAUAUUAUAUUUAUAUUAGUUCUUAUUAGAGCAGAAAAAAAAUGUUCAAAUACAAAACUCUAAGCUAAAAUAUUAGCUUAUAAUUUGGAUUAAGAGGACCAACAUAGCUCCAUCAUUAACAGUGCCAUUUUUUUAAUUUUGGAAACAGUUUGAUUAUUAAAUUUAUAUUAUUUAAACAGCCUAUCAUUGUAAAUG